AGGCGGCCGCGGCUCAGGGGAUGUUAGAGGCGCGCUGGGCGGCCGCCGAGCAGACGCCCGGGCUUCGAGCUGCGAGCUCCGGUCUCCCGUCAUGGCCCCCGCUCGGCCUCCCGCCGCCUCCUUCUCACCCGCCGAGGUCCAGCGGCGCCUGGCGGCGGGCGCCUGCUGGGUCCGCUGCGGGGCCCGCCUCUACGACCUCACCGACUUCGUGCGGCACCACCCGGGGGGCGAACAGCUGCUCCGGGCAAGGGCUGGUCAGGAUGUUAGCGCCGACCUGGAUGGGCCACCGCACCGACACUCGGCCAACGCGCGCCGCUGGCUCGAGCAGUACUACGUGGGCAACCUGCAAGGAGACCCUCAGGGUUACGUGGAGAAUGAGCCUGUGGCCUCUGUGAGCACUCAGAAGGCAGACCCUGCGAUGGAGCCAAAGUUCAAAGCGGUGGACUGGGACAAGGACCUGGUAGACUGGCGGAAGCCCCUCUUGUGGCAGGUUGGCCACUUGGGAGAGAAGUAUGAUGAAUGGGUCCACCAGCCGGUGACCAGGCCCAUCCGCCUCUUCCAGUCUGACCUCAUCGAGGCCCUCAGCAAGACUGUCUGGUACAGCGUGCCCAUCAUCUGGAUUCCCCUGAUGCUGUACCUCAGUUGGUCCUACUACCAAACCCUCGCCCAGGGCAAUGUCCGACUCUUCACAUCCUUCACCACAGAGUACUCGGUAGCCAUGCCCGAGUCCGUGUUCCCGGGCCUCUUCGUGCUGGGGAUGCUCCUCUGGAGCCUCGUCGAGUACCUCAUCCACCGCUUCCUCUUCCACAUGAAGCCCCCCAGCAACAGCUAUUACCUCAUCAUGCUGCACUUCGUCCUGCACGGCCAGCACCACAAGGCCCCCUUCGACGAGUCCCGCCUGGUCUUCCCCCCGGUGCCGGCCUCUCUGGUGAUCGGCUUCUUCUACGCCUUCCUCCGGCUCAUCCUGCCCGAGGCGGUGGGGGGCACCGUGUUUGCGGGGGGCCUGCUGGGCUACGUCAUCUACGACAUGAUCCACUACUACCUGCACUUCGGCUCCCCGCACAAGGGCUCCUACCUGUACAGCCUGAAGGCCUAUCACGUCAAGCACCACUUUGCACAUCAACGGUCAGGAUUCGGCAUCAGCUCUAAAUUUUGGGAUCACUUUUUCCAUACCCUCAUACCCGAAGAGCCCCACCCGAAGACGCAGUGACCACACCCAGCCCCACCAUGGCCCCUGCCCCUACCCCGCUCCCCCGACCCCAGAUCCUGCAGAGAAGGUUGGCUUGGCCAGGCAGGACGGGCUUGGUCCAACCCUCGGGCGUGGUGGAGGAUGCUGGGGAAACCCUCAAGACCGAGGCUGACCCUGAGACCAACCCCCACCCACGACCCGGCACAGGAGGGUCAUGUCUGCUUGGUGGCCCCGCGGCCCGCAAGGACUAGCUCUUUCCUGGACCACCCCAGCCUCUCCACCCGCAUCCCUGCCCAGAGCCUUAGCCCACAGGGCCUGGCCAGCGGGGACUUUGCUGAGGGGAAUGAAGGAAACUGACCCCUGGGACCAGGCCUGUGUCCUGCCUACGUUCUAGCACCUUGGGCUCCCCAGGAGCCGCCAGUGUUCACAGCAAAGCACGGGGUCUGCAGGGCUGUGGCCCUCGUCUUCCCCCACCCUUCCUGGGGACGCUUGGUGGCUCUGGCUGUUCUCCCGAGGACUGGAGACCACAGAGGUGGAUGAAGCGCUCUUGGAAGAAGAGACAGCCUGAUGCCUCCCACAGGCCCACCCCGAUCCCGGGGCAGCGCCUUUAUCCCGUGCCAGUGACACAUGCCAGCUGUAUACCGCCAGGGGCCUUGGCCGUGACCCAUCCAGCACCCACAUGCCCACCCUCACCUGUCUGUGCAGGUGCGCCCAGGGGUGCUGACCAAAGCCUCAAGGAUGCACCUUUCUUGAGGAGCCGCCAGAGCUCUUCCCCAAGGGAGGCUAAAGAGACCUGUCUGUGGGCGGCAGCCCCUCGCAGCCCCGGCCAUCCCUGCCCUCCCCCGGCAUAGGUGGGCCCCAACCCGCCUCACUCAGGACCCUUCCAGCCCGUGCCUCUCUCCUUAAGCCGAGAAGGAGCCUUGAUUCGGUGCCUUAUCUCAGCCCCACCCGCAGCGGGUGAGACGCCCAGCCUUCCUCCUCGUAACCAAAACCUCACUGCUCAUUAAAGGGUCUUAUUUAUAAACUAUAAAUACCGUUAGUCGGGCCCCCAGACCAAGUAGCUGCUCAUAUUGCCCUCUCUAAUCCUACAUGUGGAGCGUAUGUAAAAAAAUUUUGUCUUAUUUUUGUUCCCGUCUUACCCACAAACCGUUACUACUUGAAACUUUUGAAAAACUCGAUGUGUGUAAAGGCUAAAGGGAAGCAGUUUGACCCAUCCUGUGAUUUGUACUGUUUACUGCGGAGUUAUUUAAAGAUUUUGGAAUAAAUAUACAAACUACAGUUGUGAAAUAAAGGUGUAAAUAAAUUGUAUAUUUUGAAAAAUAAAAACAUUGGAAAA